CGUAUUUGUACUAUCAUGCAAUGACCUCGAGAAUCCAAAUCAUUCGGAUCUGAUUUUACUGCCUGUAGUACGACCACUGAGAACAACGCUAGCGGGCUUUGCCAUGCGCGGCCCUUCACGAAUCACGCUAUUGAUUGCGAAAGCCAAGCCAACUUGAAGUGUAGAUAAGAUAUCGUCUUCUUUGACGACAGUGACGAUCGCCUCGACUAGUAAUGUUACACAUAACCCGUCAAGCUUGGCCAGCUGACCUACUGUGAUGGAUACGUCUCCACGGUAUGGCAAUGAUCAUAUAGGAUGUCCCGUGCCGAAUACCGCAACGUGUGGAGUUCAAAUGUCGUACAUAGGAAUUCCAGCUUAAUUCAAUCACACAUUUCCCUCCUGGAAUACCACCAUUCCCAUACCCCCGCCCGUUGCAAUGGGAAGUGACACACCCUACUUCAUCGGUAUCGAUGUCGGCACUGGCUCUGCUCGUGCCUCCCUCGUCGCACAAAACGGCGAGAUCAAAGCGUCAUCCACGAAGGAUACCAUCACCUGGCGUGAUCAGCACGAUCAUCGUAUCUUCGAGCAAUCGACAAACAAUAUCUGGGAGCAGAUUUGUAUCGCGGUGAAGGAAGUCUUAAAACAGUCCAACGUUCCCGCGACCGCAGUCAAGGGACUCGGCUUCGAUGCUACCUGCUCUCUCGCCGUGUCAGACUUUAACGCGAAUCCGAUAACAGUGACCAAGGGCAAUGAUAUUGGAAAGGGUGGCGAUAGGAACAUCAUUCUAUGGGCAGACCAUCGCGCCGAGAAGGAGGCUGAACUCAUCAAUUCUACUGGCUCGAUUGUCUUGAAUUAUGUCGGCGGGACCAUGAGUCUUGAGAUGGAAAUACCCAAGAUCCUUUGGCUCAAGAAGCACAUGGACCCUGCCCUGUUCGCCCGAUGCCAAUUCUUUGACCUUCCCGAUUUCUUCACGUACAAAGCAACGGGAGAUAGCACACGCUCCUAUUGUUCGACUACGUGCAAAUGCUCUUUUGUCCCCGACAAAGGCUGGCAGCCAGACUUCUUCGAGCGUAUAGGUCUCGGUGAACUCAUCGAUGAUGGUAACUGGAAGCAGAUGGGCACCGCCCACGGACAAGUGCAGGCUGCCGGAAGCCCAGUUGGUCAGGGCUUGUCUCGACAGGCAGCGGAAGAACUCGGACUUGUCGAAGGUACUGCUGUUGGAAGUGGUCUGAUCGAUGCGUAUGCCGGCUGGAUGGGUACAGUUGCCGCUCGAUACACGGAGAAUGGUCAGCUCUCAGCCGUACUUCCCUCUCUCGAUGAGUCUCGGCACCGUUUGGCCGCUGUUGCCGGAACAAGCACCUGUCAUCUUGUUCAGAGUCGAGAAGGUGUCUUUGUAAAGGGUGUAUGGGGUCCAUAUAAGGAUGCAGCUUUCCCUGGUUGGUGGAUGAAUGAAGGUGGCCAGUCGUCUACGGGACAGCUUAUUGACUUCAUCAUCACCACUCAUUCCGCGUAUCCUGAACUCAAAGAACGCGCAAAACAAGAGGGAAAGGCUAUCCACACUGUCUUGCUGGACGUCCUCGAAAAAUUACGCCACGAGAAUCAUGUUGAUACCUACACGGAGCUUACGAAGCAUAUACAUUUCUAUCCCGAUUUCCAUGGAAACAGGUCUCCGAUCGCCGACCCUCGAAUGAGAGGUUCCAUCGUCGGUCUUGAGCUGGAAUCAUCCAUCGCCGACCUCGCUCGCAAAUACUACCUUACCCUCGAAGCUAUCUCCCUUCAAACGCGCCACAUUGUCGAGGCUCUCAAUACGGCGGGCCAUGACAUCACGUCUCUGUACAUGUCCGGUGGGCAGGCAAAGAAUGUGGUGAUGAUGCAGCUCUUUGCAGACACGUGUGAUAUCCCCGUCAUCCUGCCCAAGUCGCAUUCAGAGGCUGUGGUUCUCGGUGCAGCGAUGUUGGGAAGAAUCGCAGCGGAGGGUGUCGUGGCCGGAGAAGACAUGUGGAAAAUCAUGGUCGAAAUGACGCCUGCUGGUACCCUCGUGGCCCCUGGCGCUUCGUCGAAAGUGAAGAAACUGCUAGAUGCGAAAUACAAGAUAUUCCGAGAGACGAUUGAUAUCCAGAACCGGUGGAGACAGGAGAUUGAGGAAGCUAGUAAUUGAAGUACUUGGGUGUGCAGUCGAAGAAAGCGCAGUUCAGUUCACGAUAGAUUUCUGUAUUAUUGUACCUAUAUUGCAUGGAACAUGCGCUCGGCAUCCGGGACCAUUGGUCGAAAAUCGGCCAUCAUGAUGCAAAUUA